UAGUGAUUUAUUGCUGUGUUUUGCUGUUGCUAUUUUCCUAAAAAAAUUGGAAAAAUUACUUUUUUAAUUUCUUUUUAUAAUCAGUAUAAAAAAACUACGAAUUUUACAACAUUAAUUAAUAAACAUAUACUAAACUUAAAGACUCGAAAUUCUUAUAGAUACUACAACAAAACCAAAGCAUAAUAGUGUUUACAAAAAAUAUUUGGAGGAAUUAGAAGACAAAUUAAAGAAAUUGCAUUUUUUCCUUGGGAAAGGUGGAAGCAGACUAUUAUGGACAAUAAUGUAGACAGGGUUAACAACACAUCAACAAUAGCAGCAGCAAAUAACCUAACAACUACAACAUUAUUAUCAUCGUCAUCCUCAUCAGCAACAACAGCAGCGGCGGCCAGCGCAGCACAAAGCCAAUUGCCAUCUAAUCAACCCAUAUUAUUAGUACCGACAACAACAACACUAGCCACAACAAAUUCAUUUUGGAAAAAUAGUAAUCGUAUAGUGCCCGGUAGACCUAGUCCCAAAAAAGUCAAUCCUGUAAGUGCCACAGAAACCGGCAGUGGUGGAGGAGGUAUGAUGGCUACUUUUCGUGAUUAUCAAAAUUCAGUUAGUGAUGCUUGGGAUACGGGAGAUGAUGAAUUUUGUAUAAUAUCAAGUGCGGCUAUGCAACAACAACAACAUCAGCAGCAACAUAGGAAUCCUGAUGGUUUAAUAAAUAAAAAUGAUCCUAGAAUUUCCAGUCAAGUCUCACAAACUUUGGCUCAAAAUGUAAUAGAAAUACAUAAGACGUCAGCCUCGAAUGCAGGUGCUGUUGGUCAUAAUGCUGGCCAUAUUAUGAGCAAUAACAAUCCAACGCCACUUAAUCAACAACAACUACAGCAACAAUCUUAUGAUGGCAAAUGUGCAGCUAAUAAGCAACAACCACUACAACAGCAACAACAUAAUGAAAAUCCUAAUAAAAAGGAAUGUAAAAUAGAAACACAGGAACAGAGACCUCGUAUACGUCAUAUCCAAGCUCUACCCGGACGACCACAACUGCAAAAAUUUACUACCAACAACCAAGAUUCCGAAUAUGAAACUAAAAUUGAAAAAUUUGAAUUACUACUGGAUUCUCCGCUAUUAGAUUUGGUGGCAUUGAAAAAACUAAGUUGGUCGGGAAUACCCAGAAAGAUGCGCGGUAUAAGUUGGCGUUUGUUAUCGAAAUAUUUACCACCCUCGGGAGAAAGACGUAAUGCGGUAUUGGAAAGUAAACGUCAAGGUUAUCAGGAUUUAAGACAAAAUUACUUUAAAGUCGAUAGUCAAGAUGAAUCACAGCAGGAUACCUAUAGACAAAUACAUAUCGAUGUGCCACGUAUGAAUCCUCAAAUAUCGCUCUUCCAACAAAAACUUGUUCAGGAAAUGUUUGAACGUGUCUUAUUCAUUUGGUCUAUACGUCAUCCAGCCUCAGGCUAUGUACAAGGCAUUAAUGAUUUAGUAACGCCAUUUUUUAUUGUUUUCUUACAAGAACAAUUGCCGCCAGGAACUGAUAUUGAAAAAUUUGAUAUGAACUCGUUAUCGGUGGAAAUUCGUGAUGCCAUUGAAGCUGAUUCAUUUUGGUGUUUGUCAAAAUUCUUAGAUUGUAUACAGGAUAAUUAUAUAUUUGCUCAACUGGGUAUACAGGAGAAGGUUAAUCAAUUAAAGGAUUUAAUACAAAGAAUAGAUGGAACUUUACAUCGUCAUUUACAAUCUCAUGGUGUGGACUAUUUACAAUUCUCUUUUCGUUGGAUGAAUAAUUUAUUAACUCGUGAAUUGCCUCUGCAUUGUACCAUACGUUUAUGGGAUACCUAUUUAGCUGAAUCUGAUGGUUUUGCUUUAUUUCAUUUAUAUGUUUGUGCUGCAUUUCUAUUACAUUGGAAGGAGGAGUUAAUGCAACAAAAUGAUUUUCAGGGUCUUUUAUUAUUGCUACAAAAUCUGCCUACACACAAUUGGUCUGAUCGUCAAAUAAAUGUCUUAGUUGCUGAAGCCUUUCGCCUAAAAUUUACAUAUGCCGAUGCUCCCAAGCAUUUAGAGGCAAAAAGUUGACAUCGUCAUCAUUAUCUUUAUGUGUCUUAGAUAAAAAUUCCCUUUUUUUAAAA